UCGGAGGGCGUGCACACCCCCUGCUCGGGCGGGCCCCUAAGCAAGCAAGGUGGAAGGGAAAGCUUUGAGCUCUGGAUAGCCGAUCUGGACCAGUCGGCCUCCCAGUCCAGGUUGCUGGCUGAAGACGCCUAGUCUUUUGCUCCAUGCAAUGCACCGCCUCCUUUAGCGCGAUGCAACGGGCCGGAGGAGGAGGAGCGGCCGCAGCAGCAGCAGCCGCCGAGCCCGGAGGAGGCAGUGGGAGAGGAGGUGACAACGGCGGCGAAACGGUUGCAGCAGCGGCGGCCUCUUAUCGGGUGCUGAGCCGCUUGCUGGGGUACGGCGGACCAGAGUCAGCCGCAGCCGGCUUGGGGCUGAGCAGAGCUGUUGGAGAGACUGCCGCUAUUGCAACUCGGGAUCGUGGAAGGGCGGGCGGGUUGCGGGGCUCGCAGCUUCUGGUCUUCCGCCCUGGAGAAACCGGAGAGCCCUCGGCAGGGUCCCCAGCCGGCUGUCUGCCUCCGCCGCCGCCGCCACUGCCACUGCCUCAGCCACCCCCGUCGGAGCUCCUGUGCGCUAGGCAUCGGUGUGCUCUCCUGGAUGCUCCGAAGGGCGAGCCGGGAGGGGGACGAUGCUGGAGCGGAACGCCGGGUGGCUUCAUUUUCCCUCCGGGAGCCGGCCUGGAGUUACAGCUGGCGGCUUUGGGGCUCCAUCAAGCACCUCCGACGGUGCUAGGAGGGCUGGGCAAGCCUUCCGGCGAUUGCUCCUGCAUGAGCCUCUUGCCUCAGCCGGCGAUGGCCCCGCCGCCCACUCUGUCCUUGUUGCCCCCGGGGGAAGAGACCAGCGACGCCCUGCUGGUGCUGGAAGCUCUGGGCCCUGACGAGGAGGAUGAGGAAGAGACGGCUGCAGGGCAGGCCGAGCCCUCCAGUACGGAGAGCAGCCUCGUUCAGUUGCCCGCUGCAGCCGUCCCGGAGUUCGCUGGUGCUCCUCCUCCUCCUUCGGCAGGCCCGGCACCCGCAGUUGCUACCCCCCGUCCCAGCUCUUCGGCCCCCUCCAGGAAAGGUUCCUUGAAGGUUCGCCUCAGCCGCCUUUUCCGCACCAAGAGCUGCAGUGGAGCAUCCUGCAACGCCGGGGCAGCCGCUGGAGCACGCCGGAUCGGGGAGAGGGAACUUCUACAUGCCACUGCUGCCCCAGCCCCCUCGGGCACGGCAGGAAGCCUCCCCGAUGUGUCUCAACCUGGCUACCGGGAGCAGGACUCGAGCAGAAAACAAAGACUGAUGCGAACACAAAGUGCCUUUUCUCCAGUUGCUUUUGGUCCCCUCUUCACAGGUGAGACAGUAUCUCUGGUAGAUGUUGACAUCUCUCAGCGUGGCCUGACUUCCCCACAUCCUCCAACACCACCACCUCCUCCACGGCGAAGCCUCAGCCUUCUGGACGAUAUCAGUGGGACACUGCCUGCAUCUGUCUUAGUGAAUCCGAUGGGGUCUUCAUCGCUCCAGUCUUUUCCUCUGCCUCCACCACCUCCACCACAUGCCUCUGAGGCAUUUCCCCGGAUACUGCCCAUCAGAGCAUCCGAAGCAGUACACAGUCAAUCUGCACAGCACCUUCAAUGCCCCCUUUAUCGGCCUGAUUCAAGCAGUUUUGCAGCUAGCUUACGAGAGUUGGAAAAAUGUGGAUGGUACUGGGGCCCUAUGAACUGGGAAGAUGCCGAGAUGAAGUUAAAAGGGAAGCCGGAUGGAUCGUUCCUGGUUCGUGACAGUUCUGAUCCUCGUUACAUUCUGAGCCUCAGCUUUCGAUCACAGGGUAUUACCCAUCACACUAGAAUGGAGCAUUACAGAGGAACCUUUAGUCUUUGGUGCCAUCCGAAGUUCGAGGACCGUUGCCAGUCUGUGGUGGAGUUCAUUAAACGUGCUAUCAUGCAUUCCAAAAAUGGAAAAUUCCUUUAUUUCCUGCGAUCAAGAGUGCCAGGUCUCCCUCCAACUCCUGUCCAACUUCUUUAUCCAGUCUCUAGAUUCAGCAAUGUCAAGUCGCUACAGCAUCUCUGUCGGUUCCGGAUAAGGCAACUGGUCCGCAUCGAUCACAUUGCAGAGCUUCCACUUCCCAAGCCUCUGAUCGCAUACAUUCGCAAGUUCUACUACUAUGACCCUCAAGAGGAAGUGUAUCUCUCACUGAAGGAGGCACAGCUGUUUUCCAAACAGAAACAAGAAGCAGAUUCCUCUACGUAGGGAGACUCCUUGUCUGUCAUGCUGCUGUCAAUGAUGGAAAUGGGUCACCAGUAUCCUGUAGCUGGGGAAGUUGCACUGGAAAAGACUCCUGGUGUUUCCUUUCUGGCUGUCUUGGGCCUCCGGAAAAGAGUCCCGGGCUUGAACAGAAGCACAACUGUGCACAGAAACGGGCACCAUGACCCCAUCUGGUUCCAAAAAGAAGUUGGAAUCCACUGAAGCUGGACUGUAGGCUCCUGAAAGGAUGAAGAAUGUUAUUUUUCUUGUCAAAUUUCUAUUUUUGGGGUGCUUUAUUUUCUUUCCAUGUUUUCCAACAUGGGAAAUUGUGAGCCAGUUUAACAUUUUGUUUACCUUUUGGCAUUUGGGGAUGUGGAGGGUCAGAUUGCCACUGUCUCAAGAUUUUAUGAGCAAAACCUGCUCCCCGGUUCCAGUGUCUUUAAGAAUGCUGCUUUUGUAAGAAGGGUCUGAACUCAAGAUGUAUUGAGUUCAAGCGGUAUAAAAUAGUUGCUAUGGGAGGGUUGAGCUUUUCUUUACUGGAGGUAUGUCAGCUGAAGCUGGACGCCUGUGUGUCAUGGGAUUGCAUUGUGGGUCCUGCACUAAGUUGGAUUUCACAUAUUCUCCCAAUUCCAUUCCACCUUUGGAAUGCUGGGAGCCCAGAAUUUGGGCAGGUGGGAAAGGGAGGCAAAGAAGAGUGAGCUGAAAUACAACUUCUUGCUCACUUAAAAAAAAGCUGGAUAGCAUUUGGCGGGGGGAAUGGGGGGCAGGGGGAUGGGAAGAUACCAGAAAAAAAGUUUGAUUAAGCAAUGGAAAAUUAGCCAGAUUGGGGGGAAAUUGCUUUUGCCUUCUGUUUGAAUGCAAAUGGGACACGGGUAGCAAUGUGAAUGGUUUCCACUGCAGGGGCCAUCAUCCAUUGAAAAUGGGCAGAUCUCUCCCUUUUAUUUUAUUUUGCCUUUCUUUCCACCAUCCUUAACACUGGAAUUCAUCAACACUGCUGUAGCUGUUGUAAAAACAUUGGUAUAUUCCCUUUACACAGAAAUGAUUAGCUGAAGUCAGUCCCGGUCUUAACAUGGGGCUUCAAUCUAUUGCCCUUCUCAAGAAUGGAAAGCCAAGUUAGCAAGAGCACUUAGGCUUAGAUGAGCCAGUAAACAAGUUAUGGCUUAUCAAAUGAAAAGGAAGGCCUCUGGGAUCUUCUUAAUGUGAGGCAGUACAUUUUGAAGCACUUUAGUCCUACGUCUUACUUGGAGGUUGGGAUGAAAAAGUCAAGAAUAGAAAUUCAUGAUCCUCACUUUUUCUCAAAACCCCCCAAAAAAUCACUUUUUGUAAGAAAGAAUUGUGUGCAGGUUCCAAAGUUCAUUUUGAAGAGCAAGAUUUGCCCCAGCAAAAUUCAAACCGUUUCUCCAUUAUUGAGAAGUAUUUGCACCAUCCACAAAAUAUAUUGCCCGCUUUAGCAAUAGCAAUAGCACUUAGACUUACCGGUAUAUACCGCUUCAUAAUGCUUUUACAGCCCACUCUAAGCAGUUUACAGAGUCAGCAUAUUGCCCCCAGCAAUCUGGGUCCUCAUUUUACCCACCUCGGAAGGAUGGAAGGCCGAAUCAACCUUGAGCCAGUGAGAUUUGAACUGCCGAACUGCAGCUAGCAGUCAGCUGAAGUAGCCUGCAGUACUGCACUCUAACCACUGCACCACCUUGGCCUCUUUAUAUGUGAUAAGUCUCUUGCAUAUGUAGUUUAAGGUACUUGGUGUAAAUUUCUUGCUGACAUUUUUGAAAGCUGUGGUAACUUAAUAAUUUAUUAUGAUUUAUUUAUUGUUAGGUUGAAAAGCUUGUUUCCUAUUCUUGAACUAAUUUGUCUUGGAUUCAGCCUCUGUUCCCUGAAAUUUGAAGUUUUGCAUCUUGCUUAGGGCAGAUGAUGGAGUUUUGUAGCCAUCAAAUCUUUAGAAUCUUUCUUUAUACGCAGGAAGUUUAAAGUAGAUGACUAAUAAGCUGUUAUUUAGAACCAAGUCUUGUAAAAAAACAUGAUUGUAUCUGUUAGACAGAUUUUAGAGGAAGCUACAUCUCUCUUCCUCCUAUUGCAACAUUUGUGCUUCAAGACAGAUUCCAGAAUUUGUUUCUGAUGAUUAUUUGUGGAGCACUUCUUCCCCUUAUCCCUUCCAUUCUUCUUUUUCUGAUUUUGUCUGAACCUUUUCUUAAUUGUUGCUUAAGUUUACUGACUGACAUCCACUAAGCUGCAUCUUAUACCCAAAGAAGCUUAUUGCCCAAUUUUUAAGUUUAUGAAAUAAGUCGAUUGAAGAGGCCGUGAUCCAUUGGAGUGCUUUCCUGAAUAUUCAUUGCCUCACAAUAGGCUCCCAAAGCUACAGUUGAACCUGUGAAGUUUUUGGAUAUAUCUUAUAGUAAUAGAACAAGUGGCAUUCUUGAAGAUCCUUCUGCUACACUGGGAGAAAAUGUAUUCCUCUUGUUCCUUCCGCCUCCAUUUUGGAACAAAUGACUAUACAAUCCAAUCAUUUCAAAUCUUUAUUGUGAGUGCACAACGUAUGUGCAAUGAGAUUGGUAUACAGGUAGUCCUUGAUUUAUAACAGUUCGUUUAGUGACCAUUCAAAGUUACAAUGGCACUGAAAAAAAUGACUUAUGACCUUUUUCCACACUUACGACCUUUGCAGCAUCCUCAUGAUCGUGUGUUCAAAAUUCAGAUGAUUGGCAAUUGACUCACGUUUAUGAUGGUUGCCAUAUCCCAAGUACACCUGAUUUACUUUUCGCAACCUUUUUUUCAAACAGAGUCAAUGGGGAAGCCAGAUUAACUUAACGUCCGUAUUGCUAACUUAUUAACUGCAGUGAUUCCUUAACAACAGUGGCAAAAAAGGUCAUAAAAUGAAGCGAAACUCAUUUAACAAAUUGUCUCACUUAUCAAAAUAAAUUUUGGGCUCAAUUGUGAUCGUAAGUCAAGGACUACCUGUACUGGUUUCGAGACUGUAUCCAAUUAGCAUCAAAGAAAAGCAUACUUGAAAAGACUUGUUACUUGAAGUUAAAAAAAUUCCAGGUAGUAUUGAGUCUUAAACCAGGAAGACUCAUCCUCCCAAAAGCCUCUUCCUGGGUGAACAGUUUCAAAUGAAAUGAUAUACUGCAAAUGUAACAAUAUACUGAAAAUUUCUGUGAAUUCUCAUGCCUUAGAAUAUAUGACUGCAAGGGAGUGUUUAAAGAUGCUGGAUUUUAGUUGUGGGAAAACAAGCAAAAGAGAGUCAAGAUGUUGCUGCUACCCACAUAAAACUUUCUGGCUCCUCGGAUAACAGAUGAGCUAUUCCCAUAGUUAAAACUUAAUUGUAAACAUAGUUUCUCUCUUGCUUAAAAUGACAUAGAUACUGAUGUGUGGUGGGUGGACUUUGAGAUUUCUUUUUCCUCAUGUUUGGUUCAGGUAAGAGCCAAGAUCAAAUCCCAAAGUCCUAAAGUCUGCACUUGCUUUGAUGGUGGGGAAAUAUUUUUUAAAAUCUGGUUCAGACACGCACAAACCACAUUCCUGUGAUGGGCGCUCACUUUCUGUUGCUGACUAUCUGCCAUUUUGUUGAACUGAACUUCUCUGAGAUUGUGUUACUGACUACUGAGUAGCAAAGGCCAAUCAUGUGUAAAUAACUCCUAGAGGGCCAUUUUGGCCUUCUUUGGCCAUUGUUACAUCCAUGUUAGGUCUGGUGUAAUGUUUUUCUGUGGAAAAAAAAAAUCUUUGUCUCUUUUUUUAAAUACCUACCCUAUGGAAGCUAUUUGAAUUUCAUUCUGUUUGAAAGGUGUGAAUGACUGGAUGAAUGUUAACACCAAGAGAAUUAAAUCCUGCACUGUAGUCUUUUGGGUUUUCUGCCUUUGAACCUUUGCUUGGGCAUUUUCUGAUGUAACACCUGAUACUACAUCAGUACAAUGGUCAUACAAAAGAUGGAGGGACUACUAACCAAGAAUGAAUUGGUAACAUUUGAAAUCAUACCUAGUUUUAUGGAUAUUUUUUCUUAAAUAUAUUAUUUUCAAGUGGGACCUAAGGCUUUCUCAACAGAUUAUUUCCUUUCCUUUCCCUACCUUUCCUUUUUAUCUUCUUUUUCAAAUCAUGGCACAAAUAAUAUCCCUUCCCUGAAAAGUGAUUAAAAAUAAAUUAAUUCAAGUUGCCUUCAUUCUUUAAAUUUUACAUUACCAAAGGAGUUUUUAAGAAGGAUUUCUGCAUCAUGCAGAGAGAAAAUAAAUUGUGACCCUGUUUGCCCUGGGUGAGAGAUGCAGUCUUUUGUAUGAAUAAGGAUGCACAAUGCAAACAUAGAUAAAUACCGAGCUUGAAAUAUUUCUGUUCUUCAAAAGUGCUUCUUUAUUUUUGUCCCUUUAAAAUAGCCUUGUUGGAUCUCUUUCUGUUUUGUUUCCUGAAUGGGAAGGUGAAAGAAUGGUGAAUGACCUGCUGAACAGUACACUGGUUCAUACGUUGCACUAAGUCAUGUUUCAUUUAACUAUAUACUUCGAUGAGCAAGCCAUAAUUGGCUCUAUUCAUGCAUUAUAUCAAGCCAUAAACCAGGGUUGACAAAUAUUAUUGGCUUUCCCCCCUCAAGAUGCUAAGCUGAAAUGGAAAGAAUCCAUAUUAUGGCUUAGUGUUAGGGGUGAUCCCUGUUUAUAAAUUUGUGGUAGAUUUAACCAUAGAUGAUAGUCCAGCUCCCAACUGCGCUCCGUAUUAUGUUUCUGGCCAAUGAAAUAAUUUUCUCUCCUUACUGAAGUGAAAUAAGGGCUUACUUGUGGGAGUUAGAUUACAAGAUAUUUGAAAUGUUGUUUUUUUUUUGCAGACUUCAAAUUGAUACUGCUUUAUUUAGCUUCGCAUCUGCAAUGAAUGUACUCCAUUGUUAUUCACCUGUUUAUAUAAACAGGUGUUACAGUUUAUUAAAUACUUAUAUAAUGAUUGGAAUAUACAAAGACCCAGGUCUAUCAGUCCUCUUGGCUGGUAACUAUUGAUUAACUAAUUCCAUUUGGAAGUGAUUCAGGACCUAAAUCAGCCUUCCUGAUUAGAUCAGCUUGAGGAGUUCAUUCCAUUUCAAAUUAUUCCAUUUGGGGAUGAUAGUAAUCUCCUAGGAGGCACCAGAUUAGAGAGGACUGAUCUAAUAAAUAAAUGGAGUAGAGAUGUUGCAGAUUCACUAAUGUAAGUUCUAUGUCAUUUGUUCUAUUUGGAGAGAAUAAACAUUUUACAAAUCGUCUCUGGGCUCUAUGGAUAUUAGAGUACAUUAUAGUUAAUAAGGUUGUAUGACACUGUUACAAAAGCAUGUCAUGUAGUACUGUCAAUUACAGGGACCAAUCCUUACAGCUUUUCUAUGACCUAAAAUAAAAGUGCUCAUAAAACUGCCAAUCAGUGAACUGAUUUAAAACACAAAACUUAAUUUGUAUGCCUCAGCAACAACAUACAAAAAGCUGGUGGUAUAUGCAUUCAAGUUCAGUGUGACUCUAAAUCUUGCUUAUAACUCCCAACAAAGUUCAUUUCACAAAGUACAAUUUCACUGCAUUGUAAGAUGUUUUCUGAUUCUGUUUUGAUCCAAUUUGCCUUUUUGUAUGCAUGUGUUUAAUUUAUUAAAAUAUUGCUGUAAUUUAUUUUCAGAAUUGCAUAACAUAAAUGGAAUCCAGACUUGCAAGACAAUUUUAAAAACUUGGGUCUGGGGAAAAGAAAAAAAAAGAUGCUUUAUAAAAAUAAAUGCACUUUGGUGUGUUCUAAGACAUGUUUUAAGAAAGGCGAAGGCUGUUUUGUGGACUGGGUUCCGAUUGAUCUUGUCUGUAUAUAUUGUAUCAAUAGGCACAUUUUUGUUCCUUAUUUGGAAGCAUUGCUGCAGAGUCCUGUCUGGAAAAUGGAUGUAUUGAAUUAUUUUGCCUCAAUUUCCCCCCUCCUUUUGGGGUAAAUUUUGUCAACCAUGGGAUGGAAUUUUGCCCUGUUUGUAUCUCAUUCUAUUGUGGGUUGAUUUUCUUUUUUGUUCCUUUUGGCCUAUGGGUGUCUGUUUCACAGGGUUGGUGGGGAGUGGAUUUUGAAAUAAAACACUUAAAUUAU